CCAACGCGUGCUUGUUUCAAAUAAUUUUACACGUUCAGCUGCCGGCAGGGUACUCGGUAGGUGCGCCCUAAACAAAGCUGAGUUUGCGAAGUGAGAACACUUGGAAAGCGCAUCUUCCAAUACGGAGAAAAGGUGAACGUGAAGGGACCUCUCGUCAAUUCUGAACUAUGGAGCGCUCAAAACAGAGUCACGACAAUCAAGCUGACAGUAGACCGACUACAAACGAAAGUUCUCUAAACGGACACUUUGAUGGCUUGGUAAAAAAAGACACCCGGAAUGUGGGAUGUCAAGGGACGGGGACCGCCGGUGAGUCGAGUUCGCACACAGGGUCGUCAGUCGUGGAAAAUUGGAAGCAUGAGCGCACCCGAAGUAUAGAAGACAACGAGAUGAGCUUGCCUAGUCUGGCAGCUGCUUAUACCACUAUUAUCCGGGGACUCGGCGAAGACCCGCAAAGACAGGGACUUCUCAAAACUCCCUGGAGAGCCGCAACUGCGAUGCAGUUCUUCACCAAGGGAUACCAGGAGAAAAUAAUAGAUGUGCUGAACGAUGCCAUCUUCGACGAGGACCACGAUGAGAUGGUUAUCGUGAAGGACAUCGACAUGUUCUCCAUGUGCGAGCACCACCUGGUGCCCAUCUUUGGCAGGGUCCACAUAGGCUAUCUCCCCAAUAAAAGGGUGCUGGGCCUCAGCAAGCUGGCCAGGAUUGUUGAAAUCUACAGCCGUCGACUGCAAGUUCAAGAGCGGUUGACCAAACAAAUCGCUGUGGCAAUCACUGAAGCUCUGCAGCCUGCUGGGGUGGGCGUCGUCAUCGAGGCAACUCACAUGUGCAUGGUGAUGAGGGGGGUGCAGAAGAUGAACAGCAAGACUGUGACCAGCACCAUGCUGGGGGUGUUCAGGGAGGACCCGAAGACACGGGACGAGUUCCUCACCCUAAUCAGGAACUGAGAGGGACGGCUGGCCCACAAACCUGCUGCCCAGCCCAGCGCAGACCCUUCUCCCUGUCGCCUGCCUGGAGCUAGAGCAGUCCACACAGCAGUUUUGGUACGAAGCCUAGAGUCCGGGCUUGCAGUGUAUGUGAGGUGUGUGUGUGUGUGUGUGUCUAUCCCUCCACCCCCUUCCAAAUAAUCACACACAUCACAUGGUCGCAUGACACAGCUGUCUUGUGUGUGUACAUGACAGUCUUACUAAACGGUGUCUGUCAGCUGGCUUAACCUAAACAUGAAUAGUUUGGAUCAAUGAUUAGUGUUUCUUAUGGUUACUUAAUUUAAAGGACUAUGAUCCUGUUAAAACAUUUUUUGUUGUAACUUUUCAUUAGAUUGAACCUCCAAGUACGGUAAAGAUACUUACACCUACGUAGAAACAUCCUAACAUUAAAAUCAAUAUCUUUAUCCAAAGUAAGCUAGGCCCAGUAGGACCAUAUGUCAGUUUUACUUUUUUAUUUAUUUUAUUGAACCUUUAUUUAACUUGGCAAGUCAGUUAAGAACAAAUUCAUAUUUACAAUGACGGCCUACCAAAAGGCAAAAGACCUCCUGCGGAGACGGGGGCUUGGAUUAAAAUGAAUAUAUAUAUAUAUAUAUAAACAUAAGACAAAACACACAUCACGACAAGAGAGACAACACUACAUGAACUUGCCUUGAGCCAAACCUAUUCAAAAGUGCCAAGUGCCCUUUUCACAUGGCAUCAUAUUCCUGCUCAAGCCAAAUGCUCGCUUUCAAAUUUGGUAGCCACUGCUUUAAAUACAGUAUACUGCACCCUGCAACUUCAGGGAACUAACAAUGAUGGCUUUCUGAGGGUUAACUGAAUAAAUCCUAUACAGGAUCGGAACGGUUGAACUGACGUAGGCUGAUGUGAUUCGCAUGAGGUUGUAAGUAACAAGAACAUUUCCCAG